AUGCAUAAUUCCAAGAUGGCGGCUGCCAUAAGGGUAUGCUGUGCCCUCCGGAUUUCACUAGGAGGUGCUGGUCAGGUCCGGGCUUUGGGGAGCGUGUAUCAGCUCUCUCAUGUAGCCAGACUGAACCCCAGUCGCUUGGCCCCUGCCCCAACUUCUGUUGCCUUUCAGCAGACACGACAGGGCAGCUUCUUCAACAAAUUGACGGCGGAGGAGCUGUGGCGUGGAGUUUUGGCUGAGACGGGCGCAGGUGCCAGAAAGGGGAGAGGGAAAAGAACCAAACGCAAAAUGAGGAGGGACCUGAACCGUGGCCAGAACGUUGGAGAAGGCCGCGGUGGGUUCCUUUGGCCUGGUCUGAAUGCUCCAGUAGUGAAGGCCGGAGCCGUCCAGGCGUUGUCACGGCGAGGGGAGGCGGAGCAACAGGAGAUGAGGGCAGAGCUGGAGAGACAACGGGAUGAGUGGGACAGGCGUAGAAAGAUGAAAAUAAAAAGAGAGAGGGGGUGGACAGGAAACUCUUGGGGAGGAAUCAGUCUAGGACCACCUGACCCGGGUCCUAACGGAGAAACAUUUGAAGAUUUUGAUUCUCGGGUUAUUGAGGUGAAAAGUGUGUUCAACAUGACUGCCAAAGAAGGCAGGAAGAGAUCCAUCAGUUGCCUGGUCGCCGUGGGCAAUGGGAACGGAGCUGCGGGAUUUGCUUUGGGAAAAGCAGCAGACAGAACCACAGCACUGAGAAAAGCCAAAAACAGAGCAGUGCACUAUCUAUACUACAUCGAGAGAUACAACAAUAAUACCAUUUACCACGAUAUUGACUCUACGUUCAAAAGAACGACGAUACGUAUGAAGAAACAGAACAAAGGGUACGGUCUGCACUGUCACCGAGCCAUCAUAACUCUGUGUAAGCUGAUCGGUAUACAGGACAUGUAUGCAAAAGUUGAAGGUUCAGUUAACCUGCUGAAUAUUACCAGAGCGCUCUUCAACGGCUUGGCCAGUCAGGAGACACACCAGGCUCUGGCAGAUAAGAAGCAGUUGAACGUGGUCGAGUUCCGCUCUGAGAGAGGGCCUUUGCCCAUCGUGGUGGCGUGUCCAGAGCAGGGCACCCGUGAAGAUCCCGAACCCGAAGACGAGGUGCCAAACACGCGCCUCCACUGGGAGGACGUGCGGGCAGCGCAGGGCAUGAAACGCUCCGUCUGGGCCGGAGUCAAACGAACCAUAUGGUGACCAGAACACGACCGGGAUCAUCCUCUCCAAAACACGGGCAGACCUGUAAGAACCACAUACUGGCACCCAGAGCAGGAAACAAAGUCAUGCUUACCCUGAUCAUACUAGAAUGAGUGUAUGCAGAGAAUGAAACUCAUGUCAAUCAAAGUCCAGUCCUGUGUUGUGUAAGGAACAUCAGAGGGUAUGCUUUUUUUGGGUGAGGGGGUGAAGACAGUGUCCCCUGUAUUCCUAUGAGUCAGUAAAAGAGUCAGUCACUGUUUGAGAGAGCACCAGAGAAUCCAGUUUGUCAAAUUUUGGCAGAAAUGUCAGUUUUGACAGAACUCCUCUGUCCUAUGGGUGAUGUCUGUUGCAUUACCCUGUUUCAAAAGUACAAGACUGCACAUAUGUUAUUUGUUUGUAUGUCAUAACCGAUAUGCAGAAAAAUCUAAUAAAAUGUUGGCACUGUUA